AUGGCCAGUCAGUCGCAGGGCAUCCAGCAGCUCCUGCAAGCCGAGAAGCGUGCAGCUGAGAAGGUAGCAGAUGCCCGGAAGAGGAAGGCCCGGCGUCUGAAGCAGGCGAAAGAGGAAGCCCAGAUGGAGGUGGAACUAUAUCGCAGAGAGCGAGAGCAGGAAUUCCAGAGCAAGCAGCAGGCGGCCAUGGGCUCCCAGGGGAACCUGUCAGCUGAGGUGGAGCAGGCAACUAGGCGCCAAGUGCAAGGCAUGCAGAGUUCCCAGCAGAGAAACCGUGAGCGCGUCCUGGCCCAGCUUCUUGGCAUGGUCUGCGAAGUCAAGCCCCAAGUCCACCCUAACUACCGGAUCACUGCCUAG